AUGUUGAGCCAUAUCAGUACCUCAUCAGAGGAUCAAGGGAGAUUAGAUGAUUCUCACCAUAGAAAGAAGAGAGUUGGAAGAGCUUGUGACCUGUGCAGAAUAAAAAAGACGAAGUGUGAUGGAGUCAAGCCAUGCUCUAGAUGUAUUCAAGAUAACAAAAUCUGUGUCUUCAGCGAAAAGAAGAAACAGAAAGACAAGGCUCAUCCCAGUGGAUAUGUUGAGUUAUUAGAGACGAGAUUGGAUUUGUUGACCAAAUCAUUGGAGAAAAUUAUAACGAUGGCAAAACCUCAUUUGGAUUUUCUUUGUGAUCCUCAGUUCGGGGUUAAUGAUUCCUCUGAGGGUAUUGCAAUAAACAAUGUUGUUACUUAUCUUAUCAAUGAGGAAGGAUUGUUGCGAAAUUUGCCAGUUGAGUGGGAGAAGGGUGCAAUGAUCGCAGCUAAUUUAACUUCUAACAACAAGAAAGAUAUAAAGGUUGCCUCUAAAUCCUUUGCCGAGCACAAGAAGAAUUCUAAACAGGAAGAAGAAGAUGAUGAUGAUGACGAAAGACUAAACAAUAGAUCGCCUGACAAGGACAGCUUCACGAGGACUGAUUCCAAUGAAGCUUUUAGUCCCAAUAAUAGGGAGCUGGACUCAUCACCUCCAGAUCAAAGAAAUAGGAUUUCUGACCAAUUACAACUAAAUGAGCUUCCUUUAGGGGGUUAUUCAACAGGAGGCUUGAUGCUAGCAAAUUCAGCGGCUUUGAAUGGUUCAGCAUCGCCUUUAAAUGAAUUUGGUCCAUCUGACUUUGAAAGCGAUUCCAAUUCAGUUUAUUCGCAGCAUCCUCCGAAAAAUGAUCCUCCAUCUCCUAUUGAUGAAAUUUUAGGACCUUCUGGUUCCUUCUUAACUUCUUUUGAUACGCGUCCUAAAGCCAGCAGUUCCAUUACAUCUCUCACAGACAAAUUUGAGGAUCAUGGGCUACACUCACCUACUCUCUUGGCAAGCUCUUAUGGACCUCAUGAUCAAUUAUUGGGACAGCAAACACAGUCUCAACAUGGUAUAAGACGUUCUUCUCUGUCAACUAGGCCUUUUUCACCAUCCCAUCAAAAGUUGAAGAACAAUGGACAUGUUUUUAAGCCACAUCACAGCCAUUCCCAUCAUAACAGUAACUCAAGCUCAACCAAUUUCAUAAGCAACAACGGAAAUGAAUUUCAUUUAUCUAAGAAAUCAAGCACUCCACUGACGGCUUCUUUUCCACUUACACCAUUCAAUGAUGGUGAUAUUAAUGAAGAUUUCAGUUCGUUCAUCUCUCUUCCCUCGGAAGCAUUUAAGUCGAUUCCAAAUGAUGAAUAUAGGGAACUUGAUAUUAUAAAUCCUGAUAGCUUAGAUGCUUUUGCAUCUAGAAAUCCCUUUGCUAACUACCGUGAUGACAAAGUUUAA